CUACCCUUCCACCAUCGGCAUCCCACUCGGUUACAUCUGUACCCCGCUCGAGCGCCUCCAGCAAAUCCCUCACCCGCUCCUCGCCCUCCAGCCAGGCCAGCUCUCCCUUGACGUCCUCGACCUCGUCGACCUGUCGAUGCCUCCCCCUGCCGCCGCCCACCAGGCCAUCGUCGUUGACGACAACGAGAUCACUGCCGUUCACUUUGCUGCCUGA